UUGAAGCGUCUGGUUGAACGGUUGUACUUGUCGAUCAAUAGUCAAAAAAUAUUACAGCCUUUACAAAUAAAAGUGAAACAAGAAGUGUACGAGUUGUAUUAUUAUUGUCCCCGGCCACAAAUUGUGUUGUGCCAUAUUCGUGUGCUCCAUUGUCUCAGGAAAACAAACUAAGGCAAUUGCAACUGCAAUAUUACAGCAGCAGCACCAAUAGCACAGCAGCAACAUCAACUGUGCAACGCGAAGCUUUUACCCGCCCGCUAUUUUGGCGGCCUCUUGAGCAACCGCCUCAUAUACGACUUAACUGCUUUAUAGGCCAUGCAAAUUUAAAGCAAUCUCCCGCUUUGGUGUGGUUUGAUUUUCCAAUUUCGACUGGGAAAAGUCAACUUACAAAAGGAAAAUAGAAAACUAAACGAGUGCAACGGCAGCAGCAACUGCGAAUUGUCUGCGGUGGUUGUCGUUAAUAAAAACGGAUUGAUUGUAAUUGUUGCUUUAAGCGAAAUCUUACUUAUCGUUAAAUUGCUAUACCGCACGCGGUUUUUUUUGCCUUGACUAUUUGGUUUCAAGUGCAUGAAAGUAAAUGCGAGUGUUUAACUAACAAGCGAACAAACAUAGCAAAAGGUUAAAACACAACUCGUAAAUCAAACUAUAGUAGUGGGAGUCAAGCAAAAGGAACCGCUUCCUGCCGAAAAAAAAUAAAACAAAAAUAGUAUUUACCAGCAGCAGACACAGCAGCAACAUGUUGCCGAGGAUAAGUUUUGUGUUCAUCAUCAUUUGUGGAUAUUUAUUAUUUACUGACUGCCACGAAACGGUUCGCUCCAAGCGAGCCAAACGCCCCCGUGCUCCGGAACCGGUAAACUUUGAGCCAGAGCCGCAGCAGGAUCUGGAGAAUGAUGAGAGCGGCAGUCAGGAGAAGGACCUGCCGGAGAUACCGGACAAUUUCCUCAGCCCCUCGGUGCGGGAGUAUCUCGAGCUGGGUAAAUCUAUUCCCGGUCGUCCCGGCGUUGACUAUCCAAUUCUGUCGGCGGUGCCCUACACCAACUUCUACUGCGACGAGCAGGAGUAUCCCGGAUUCUUUGCCGACAUGGAGACCAGGUGCCAGGGUUGGCACUACUGCGACAUCGAUGGACGCCAGGCCACGUUCCUCUGUCCAAAUGGCACCCAGUUCUCACAGGCGGUAUUCGUCUGCGACUGGUGGUUCAAUGUGCGCUGCGAUCUCUCACCCCGGCUGUACGCCAUUAACGCCCGACUCUACCAGCGCCCCAAGGUGAAUCCCACCAGGCCACAUCGCAUUAUCACCAAACAACUGGUCGACGACAUCUUCACCUGAACCCCGAGUGAUCCUCCAUUCAAUCUAGCUUAAGUUUGCCGAUGCCUAUUAGUUUUUAGAUUAGUUCUGAUAUAAGUUGCUCUCAUUAAAUAUUUGUAAAUGAAAAGCAGCAUGAAAUAUUAAUAGAAAUUGUAAAAGCUAGUUAAUUUUAAAAUCUAUGGUUCUUUUUUUUAAAUGUAAUAUAUUUUAACCUUUGUUUCAAUGCAAAGCCCUUGUACAAACUCUCCUUUAAUCUAUUUUCAAUAGUUUCCCAAGAUAGACUUCUGUAAUAAACGAUAUAUGAUUUGAA